AAGUGAUCAAUAUCCAAUUCCGAUGCCGAUACGCGCAUGUUCCACACAAUGAAGCGCAACUACUCUGGAGCGCCUAUCAUGUCGACUUACAGGGCAUCUCGGCUGCCAGUUUCGUGCCGCCCUUGCCGCGAGAAGAAGCGGCGCUGUGAUCGCAAUCAGCCUUGUUCGAACUGUACCCAACGGCAACUCACAUGCGUCUAUGAGAAUGGCAGCGGAGCAACCAACUCUUUGGAGAGUGAGGUAUCACGAGAACGGAACCUUGGCGAUGGUUUAGUCAACCCAAACGAAAGCACCUCGGCCUUCUCUCCACUGAGACAGUUGGAUCUAAACAAGGAGAUGCUUGACAGACUAACUAAACUAGAGAACGCUGUCUUCCCAAAUGGAGCUCAAGCACCACAGCUCACCCAAUCAGAAUCAGCUUCCUCCAGCCGCAAGUUGUUCAACUGCCACACUGAGGCUCCCUCAAACAAUAAGGCUGCUUCUGUCAACGCGCGCUUGAACCAUUUGAUGUCGAAUAUUCCACCUGCCCAUCAAGCGCGUCUACUAUGCGAACACUUUAUUACAACUAUCCAACCUACAUUCGGUGUCCUGCACGUACCGUCAACUAGAUCACUUGUUUAUAGCUGUGUGGGCUCUGAAAAAGAAGCUCUAAAGAUUGACGAGCUGCUCAUGCUUUUCAGUAUCUUUGCUGGUGCGACAUUGGCCUGGACAGACGAACUUCUCCAUAACCUUGAAGCAACCAAAGCGAACGCCGUGUCGGCCUUCGAUUGCUAUUUUCACUCUGCUCUAUCGAUCGUUGAAGACACUGACACACCACUACCGCCCUCAAUCACUGCUGCCUCAGCCAUAUGUACGCUUGCGCACGUGGCCAUCAACUCUGACGAUGUCCUCCCGAUCAAGGCAUUGGAUCUUAGAAGCCGCUGCUACAAUAUGUGCCGUGAAAUGAUGGUACAUCGUUUAGACAGCUCGGCAGCCCAGAAAGAGCGGGACACAAGCCCGGCCAACAAUAUCGACCUGGAGGUUCAGAGACGUGUAUGGUGGAACAUGGUUGCUUCUGACUGGUUGACUUCAUUCUCUGGUAGCUCCCAGGAGGGUAUCUACACAUUCAUCCCGAGGCUGAUGAGAGUCAAGCAACCGCGUAACGUCGAUGAUGUUGCGCUCACAGUUUCCGGCGACAUACCCAAUCUACCUAUCUCCGUUCCAACAGACAUGACAUUCUUCUUUCUGCGUCUCAGAACGGCAGAAAUAUCUCGCGAGAUUAUCGAUGCGAUCACACCUCUGGCCGACGAUGCACCCGAAGAAGACUACGAAAUCAUUCUCCAGCUUGAUAGAAAACUACAGGAUUUUGUCAACGGGCUUCCUGAGUUUUGCAAGCUCGACCCGGAGAGUAUGCAGAAGUCCAAAAACAUUUGCAAAUCGAGGCCGUUCAUCUACUGGCAGCGAAUUAGCCUCCAUCUCGGCAUCCAUGCACGUAUUUGCCGACUUCAUCGUCCUUAUCACCUCGCAGCAUACUCAGAUCCUCGAUAUUCCUAUUCUCGAACCACGAUACUCUCAUCAGCAUACAAGAUCCUUGAACUCAGACGCAUGAUGGACGACCCGGUUGCCAAGCUUCACUUUAGACCUGAGAGGUAUUGGGUCAUCUUCUUGCACGUCACCUCAGCUGCUGUGGCGUUGGCAGUGGAUCUGUCUCACAACCCUGAUGCUCCUGACGCGCAAGCCCUGAAAGAGAAGGUCAAGAGCGCUUAUGAGACGCUGAACAAAUCAAGGAAGAACGCGGAGAGCUUGAUAAGAGGAAUCGAGAAAAAUAUGGAACAGGUCAUGGGCACUUUGCAGAAGCAGCGCGCGAAUGCGAUGGCAUCCGCUUCGCCGGCUGCAACAUCGAGCGCUAAUUUGGACUCGGUUCCUGAAAGUGCUUUCACAGACAUGAAUGAUAUUACUAUGGGCAUGCAGGAAGACGGGCUCGGGGACGAGCAUUCCCACCAGCUCUGGUCAGACUUUUUGGCUGCUGUCCCUGACCUUGAAGAGUUUCAGUGGACAUCUCUCCUGCAAGAUCUUGACUUUGAUCCUAGCAACUUCAGUUAAGAAUUCGAAGCAUGGUGAUGAGCGGAUUGUAGCAUGGAACUACUAUGGUACUUGUAUAUGGGGAGGCAAGAGAUAAAUUGCAUGUUUCUUUAGUUCCAUUCAAACCGUUUAUGACGGAGAGACUCCUUUCGAGCUUACGAGGGGAUGUCAAUGUAAACUCCGCAGUCGCAUGCCA